AUGAUUGAUUCAUGUUCAGAAUGUCCAAUUAUCACUUAUGAGAUUGUGAAAAAAUUGGAUUUUGAAAAAGAUAAAAGUUUACUCAACAUUACUGAUAAAGUGGUAUCUGAUAUUGUUAAGCAAGUAUUGGCAAAUCUAGAUAUUUCUCAGAGAAAUCGUACACUAUCUGAGGCUAAAAGAAAAAAAACAAUUUUUAAUAAUACCGCAUCUGAGUCCUUGUCUGAAUCUGGGUCCAGUUCUGAAUCCUCUUAUGAUAAUGAAGAUUUUACUAUAGAUAUGAAUCUAUUGAACUAUUUAACUCCUAGCUUACCUGGAUCACCCAUUCAUCCAGAUGAUAUAGCAUGCUGA